GCGGGGUCAAUGGCGUGUGCAACAGCAAAGGGCGUUGUCACUGCAGCCUGGGUUUCGCUCCCCCGCAUUGCGACGUGCCUGGCUUCGGUGGCUCUCGUGACAGCGGACACAUGGCUGACCCCACAGUAACUUCGAAUACCGACCGCUCCCUCUAUUUGAUCUUCUUGGUAAUUAUACCGCUGAUGUGCGGAAUCUGCGCUUCGUUCUGCUGCCUCAGCGUCUCUUGGGAGAACUACAAGAAGCAGGAGCAUUAUCAGCCAUCCAUCUGUAAUAACAAAAUUGGAGCCUAUUUGUGUUGUUUUUCUGCACAAGUGACAAAACUUCUGAUCGAAAGUGGCAUUAUGGCAAAGCCUGGUUUACCGACCGAAAACAUCGAUGGUGAUCCGUCCGAAAUAGAAAAGCUGAACCCCUCGCCGUCACAACGUCGAAACACCAUUUUCCAAGUUGACGUCAACGUUCAAACCUCGAAGCUCGCCAAUAGCUCAUGGGGCACAGCAAACGACGCUUUAUUUACAGACGUAAUAACAGUGACCCCAAAAAAUUCGCCGGACUUGCACCGCAAAGUUCGUUUACCAUCAGAUUCUCCUUUGCUCCAUCACAGAUCUCAGGAUAUCGAGCAGCGUCCGAAGUACGGCAAAUCAUUUUCGUCAGAUUCUGGCUGCGUGUCUGAUUUGGAAGAACAUCGUGGAAAACCUGACAUGAAUAUGUCAAUGUCAAGUCUAGUAAAUAUAGUCAUGAAGUACGGAAGAGGUGACAGAUCACGCGGAAGUAGUGCAGAACCUGAAAUUCCAAAUCCUAAGCAGUUCGUGACGCAGAAGUCAGUGCCUCUCAGUCGUUUAGUACUGGAUCCGUAUGGACCGAAAUCAAACGUGAAAACAGCUGGAAACUCUUCUCUGGAAGUUCAGCGGCCUGGAUUUAAUAGAUCACUUUCAUCAGAUGCUGCAACAUCUCAGUCAGUAACUGCAGACUUGCCAAAAAGUGGUUAUUUAACUCCAAAGAAAUCAACUAGCUCAAUUAAUACCAAUUCGAGUUCAGACAGUGAAUCAUUCUACGUAAACAUACCAUCUGAAAUUAAAAAAGGAGGUAAUAUUGGGCGUUGUUCACCUCCUGAAGAUCUGAAGGUGAAGAAUCAGCACACUGUAUUCAAAGCGUCGAGAAAAGCUCCCCAAAUUCCCAAAAUCAAAAUAGAGGAUUCUGAUGCGAAAAUUACCAAACAUAAAAAAGGAUCAAUUAAACCAAAUUGCGCUGACUCUAAUCCGUCGGAACAAACCGAGUUGAAAUCAGCAGCAAAAAAGCCAAUGUUACCCCCUCAAUCUAAAACUAGUAACAAUAAUCGUCCUCUACCCACAACAACGAACAUUCCCGGGGUUACCCCAGGAAUGGCGAUGGACAAAAUAUCAGGAGGUUCAAAAGUAUCACUUGAUCAGCCUAAAGCUCGACCUCCUAUCAAGGAUACUGGAUCUAGAAGCUUUCGUGAACAACCUUCACAAGGAUCAGAAAAUUCGAACGAGUUUCUGAUUAAAUUCAAUCAAGUUAAGAACAAAGAAAGUAACACGAGUUCUGCUACACCUAGUGUAGCCGAACAAACGUUUUCACAGAGCGCGCCGAGAAGGCCGAUGUUGCCUCCGACAAAACGUUCGUAAUUCUCAAGAACUUUAAUGCUCUAAAAAACGAUUGUGUGCGCUGUGAAUAAAUUAUUAAUGGUCAAGUGAUAUUAUGUACUAAUAUGUUCACAAACCUUAUGAUGGACGAUAUCCAGAAGAAGAUUCUCGGAAGCUUCAGCCAGUAAAAGACUCACCUUAAAAUUCGACAUGUUAGAGAAAACGGGCAGGGUUAUUAAUUGCAGUGUCUGCGUGAGCCUAGUAGUAAUCAAUUUACAUUAUUAACCGUUUGAAUGUGAAAGCAAACCGUAAAUAAAAAUUAUUUAUUCAUUUGAAAUAUUGACAAUUCAUGCAACUUUCAAUAAAUUUAACUUCAAGAUUGAUUUAAUGUAGUAAAAUUCAUCAUCAGUGUCAACACAAUGGCCGACGAUCUGGCAUAACACAUAUGACGACGAUUAUUUGAGAGAUUUGACACACGUCGAAUCAACAAGAACCAACUAGUGGGUGGUCACUGGUCAAGUCAAUAUAUUUAACAAAACUGCCAAAAUUUGGUUAAUUUUAAAAUGACGCGUUGCACUAUUCCGCUGUAAAUAGCAUAACUGGCUUGAAAUAUCUUAACGGGAUCUCAAGCAUUGAUUCUCUGAAUGUUACUCAUGUAACGCCUCCGCAACUUCCAUUCAAUCCCUGCUUUUAUUAAUACAGUAAAAUUCACAGAAGCUCUGUAAUUAACGUUAUAGAUACGCUAAAAUUGUAACUUUUUAGGAAUAAGUUUCUAAAUUAAUCGUAGGGGAGAAUUUUUAUCACGCUUGUCAUAAUUUUCUGUUAUCGCAACGCGUUAGUAUCUUUCCCAUCUCUAAUUUGUUGCUUUAUACAGAUAUUCAAUUUUUAUUCAUCGAUGUGUUAGUUUCCUUUUUCGCCUUGAUCUUACUUUUCAAUACAUUUGUCGCGUACAAAAAAUGUAGUAAUUUGUACUAAAAAACUUGUACAUCCAUUUAUUUGAUCUACGCGGUUUACAUAAAUAAAAACAUAAUGAUACAUUUUUAUUUUAUUAAAG